AUGCCAUUCUGUUUCUUACUACCCGGCCUCUCUAGCACCGAAGAACUCGCUCAAGCCCCCAACCUCGCGUCUGACGACACGAACUCAAACGAGGAAAACCCCAGUGCACUGGCAGAAGAGAGAUCAAGAUUCCCGGUCUUCAACAAAUUGGCGUCGGUGUUUCGGAAAAAUCCUACAGUCGCAACGAUCUUGGAGAACAAACCGCUAGCUGCAACGUUGUCCAGAAACCCUACCCUCGCCAAGUCUCUCAGCGAAAACCCGCAACGGCGAGCGUCUUCGUGGCAAGAUCCAAAAGUCAGGAGCAUCGUGUCAAGGAACGCAGACGGCUUCGACAAGAAGGCCAUUGACCGCGUCGGGAAGCUAGGCAAUGCUUAUGCGUGCGGAAAUCAAAUGCUCGAUCCAAACGUUAUGGAGUAUAUCCAUAAAUUUGUUACCGUUCAACGUCUAAUGCUUUAUUUUUCCGGGUUCCAGUGUUACUUAAAUUGCUCUGACCUAACGACUUCCGAUAGCCUUGCGGUUGUCGCCUCUAACCGGGCGUCCUUGAUAUCCGGCACAACUGUGCCAGAGCCGCCUUAA